AUGAAAUUCAGGAAAACAAAAGAUGAAGAACCCACUGCUCCUGGGCAAGUAAAAAUCAAGAGAAGGUCCAGAGUGCCAGGAGUAAUGAUCACACAAUAUGUUGAGGAGCUUCCAGAAGGAAAGACCACACCUGACUUCACCCGCAAGCCAAUUGCUCUUACUAUCCAAGAGGGUAAACUAGCCAUUUUCAAGGCCAUAAUUACAGGCGAUCCAACACCAACUGUGACCUGGAAAAGAAAUAAUGGCAAACUCGACGACCCUGAAAAGUAUCAAGUCAUUUAUGACCCGAAUGCCAAUGAGCACCAACUUCAGAUGCCAAAUAUAGAUCCAGACCAAGCUGAUACAUAUAAGUGCUUUGCAGUCAAUGAAUUUGGAAAAGCUGUUGUAACGGCAGCACUCAAUGUCAUUGAAGUUGGAUUCAAGAGGAGCAAAGCACUGCAACAAUCCAGAACAGCACAACGAGAAAUCCCAACACCACGCCUUCUGAAGACAAGGGCUGAGCGGCCUAAAGAAGAGAAAAAGGAUGGAGAGCCAGACGAGAAGUUUUGGGAGCUUUUACUUAGUGCUAACAAAAAUGACUAUGAGCGCAUUUGUGCGGAGUAUGGAGUCACAGAUUUCCGAGGGAUGCUGAAGAAACUUAAAGAGAAAAAGCAGGAAAGGGAAGACGAACAAGCACAGGUUGUAAGUUAUGUGGCCAACCUGAAACCAAUUGAAGUCAAAUCAGAGGGAAGCGCUGAAUUUGAAUUUGAAAUGGACCUCAAGGACCCUGCUUCAAAAAUCUUCCUUUACAAAAACGGGGAAAUGGUUCCUUUUACCAUUGAAGACGAGGAGAAACAUUCUUUAAAACAGAUAGGAAAGAAAUUUGUGUUUUCAGUUAAAGACCUUUCGCCAGAGGAUGCUGGGUUAUACCAGGUGGAUGUGGAUGGUGUCAACAUCUUCUCAACAGAUUUUAAAAUUCCGCCAGUGGAGUUCUUAGUGAAGAUUCAAGAAGUGAAGGCCACAGAGAGAGAGGAUGCUGUCUUUGAAUGUGUUUUAUCUCAACCGUUGGACAAGAUCACCUGGUUUGGGAAGAAUGUGCCCCUGGCACAGGGCGAGAAGUAUGACAUUGAAGUAUCUGAGGACAAGCUCAUCCACAGACUGGUGAUAAAAGACUGCCUGCAACUAGACAAGGGCAUCUAUGCAGCUGUUGCUGGAAUCAAGUCCUGCAAUGCAUGGCUUGUAGUAGAAGCUGACAAAGACCCAGGCGGAAAGAAGAAAGCUCGUAAAACCACCACUGCUGGUGGUAGUGGAGUUGACCUGGCAAAAAUCGCAGCAGAGCAAAAUGCCAAGAUCCAGACUGAGAGAGCAGAGAUAGUGGAGAAGGUGAAACAAGUACAAGCAGAGAAAGCCGCAGCUGCAGCUAUAGAAGAACCGACUCCACAACCAACCGAGGAACCAACUCCUAUAGCAGUUGAAAAACCUGCUGUGGAAGCACCUCCUGCUCCAGCAGAACCUAAACCAGUCGUCAAGGCUCCAAAAACUACCAAAAAGAUUGUGAAAAAACCUGCAGCCCCUAAACCAAAGCCUGUUACUGAUGGAUGUGAAGUGGUGGAAGAGACCACUGAAGUAGAAGCUGAAGGAGAAUUAGUUGAAGAAGAGUUAGUUGAAGAAGAAAUUGAAGUCGUAGAAGAGCCGGUCAUCGCGGAGGAGGAACCCUCAACUGAGGAUGACGGCGAGAAAAAGAAGAGGGUCAGGACAGGACCACUGGUCCCUGAUACUGUCAUUGAUCCUGGCGUCUACUUCACCUCUGGACUAUCAGACGUCAAUGCUAUUAUGGGACAGUCAGCUGAGUUGGUCUGUAAGCUGAGCAGUGAAAACUGUGAUGGAGUGUGGUACAAAGAUGGGACAGAGUUAACGUCAGAGGAGGAUGGAUUGGCUCUAAUUAAAGAUGGAGCUUAUCACAAACUGGUCAUUACUAAGUGCAGAGAGGAAGAUGCGGGAAAAUACCGCUUUGAGGCAGAUGGACGUAAAACUGAGGCUAUGGUGAUUGUUGAAGAUCCUCCUAGGAUUGAUCCAGAUGACCUGGCUAAGUUCUCAGAGCCAGUGAUCAUAAAAGCAGGUCAGAGUGCCACCUUCAAACUGGACUUUGUGGGCCGAGAGCCAAUGAAGAUCCAAUGGUACAGUGAAGAUGAGGAACUACUCAACGACAAAUUCAUAAAAAUAGAGAGAUCAUCCUCUGACAGUUGUCUGCUUCUCAACAAGUGCCAGCGGAAACAAACAGGAGAGAUUAAAAUCAAGUUAAAGAAUGAGUUUGGAACAAUUGAAGCCCUAACCAAGCUUAUUGUCAUAGAUAAGCCUACACCUCCUCAAAGUCCUGUUGAGGUAGUUGAAGCUUCAGCUCAUUGUGUGGAGAUAAAGUGGCGCGCACCAAAGGAUGACGGCGGCUCCCCUGUGAUAAACUACAACCUGGAGCGUCAACAGUUGGGGCGCAACACCUGGAUGAAGAUUGGUAUGAUUCCUGGUGUUCCUCACUACAAGGACACUGACGUGGACCACGGGAGGAAGUACUGCUACCGCAUCAGGGCCAUAACUGCAGAUGGCACAAGUGAGACUAUGGAAACGGAUGAUAUCCAAGCUGGCACCAAAGCUUACCCUGGCCCACCCUCCACACCCAAGGUGGUUAGCGCAUUCAAGGACUGCAUCAAUCUUUCCUGGUCUCCACCAAGCAACACUGGUGGAACCAAUAUUGUGGGCUACAAUUUAGAAAAACGCAAGAGAGGCAGCAAUUUAUGGGGCCCAGUAAAUCCACUAGAUCAACCCAUCAAAGCAAAAGAAUAUGGAGUGAAAGACGUUGUAGAGGGAAUAGAAUAUGAAUUCAGAGUGUCAGCCAUUAAUUUCUCUGGCGCUGGAGAACCAAGCACCCCUUCUGAGUUUGUGUUUGCCAGAGAUCCAAAGAUGAGGCCAACUUUUACUGAUCGUAAAAUGACAAGUUUCAUGGUUGUGAGAGCUGGGAAUUCAACUCGGGUCAACAUCAAUUUUCAGGCAUCACCCAUGCCAAAAAUAACUUGGUUAAAGGAUGGAACACCCGUAUCCAAAAAAGUUACUGUAAGUAAUGCUGAAGGUACAUCACAGCUCCUAAUUCCUUCAUCGAAACGUUCAGAUACAGGAAUUUAUACCAUCAUCAUGAAAAACAUUGUUGGACAAGAAACCUUCAGCACUGAGAUUAGAGUAACAGAUGACCCCAAGCCCCCUGGCCCGGUGGAGCUAGAGCAGAAUGUCCCAGGUACUGUUACUGUGUCCUGGACGGCAUCCCCAGAUGAGAAGCGCGAUGACAGGCUACACUAUAUGGUGACAAAGAGAGACUCAGUCAAGCGCUCUUGGCAAACGGUGGCUGAUCGCCUCUUCAAUAACAACUUCACUGCUGUGAAUAUCUUGCCUGGGCGAGAGUACCGCUUCCGGGUGUACGCAAAAAAUGAUAUGGGAGAGUCUAACCCUUCAGAGUCUUGUAAAUGGGAGGUGGUCAAAAAGAAAGAGAAGUUUACUCUGAACAUGCCCGAAUCCAAGACCUGCACCUUUGAUGCGCCGCCAUCUUUUCUGGUCCCGCUGAAGACACGGAGCAGCCCUGAGAGCUACGAGUGCUACAUGAGCUGUGCUGUCAGCGGAAACCCUGCACCUUAUGUUACAUGGUAUCGCAACAACAUCAGUGUCAACACGGACACCAAUUACUUAAUCUCCAACACGUGUGGGGUCUGUUCAAUGCUCAUCCUGAGAGUGGGUGCCAAGGACAACAGCGAGUACAAAGUGAUUGCGGAAAACCAAUAUGGCAGGGCAGAGUGCGCUACCAAGCUCACAGUUAAAGGUAUGAGUUUUUGA